AUGCUGCAUGACUACUUGCGCCAACUAGACCAGUUUCCAGAAUUACAAGAGUGUUUUAACGUUAUUCUAUCAUGCUGGACUGUUCGAAAGCAUGCUGUGCUUGUGACUAUGCCUGAAAAAGACUUGAUUCGAGGCACCAAUGGCUUUUUGGAGAUAAUCAAACGAGUCUUGUCUGCCUCGCCAUUACUAUUGGAUGUGUCUAGCUCCACCAAACCAGAAGAAAUUUUACAACGACUCGAGGCUGCAAGUGGUCUUAUGCUGUCUACUCCAAAUACUGCUCACAUGCAUGCACCUGUAUCGCACUCUGUGACUGCUUCAUCUACUCUUGUUACUGACUACAGACCACGAUCACUAUCCAACUCUCACAAGUCAUUCUUGGAAGCGCGCGACCAAUCAUUAGACCAAAAACUGCCUCGCCAGUUGGAUUUGAACGAGACCAUAUCUCCAACUUCCAAUUUGUCACUAUCACGAUCCACCAUGAGUCGUGACAGAUUUGAUUCCAUUACUUCGCCCAUUGGUUUGCUCAAUGAAUCAACCUCUAGACAGCUGCUCCGUUCCAUUGUUGUUGUGAGAUUUUCUGGUGCCUAUCGACAUACUGUCAGCGAUCUAUUUGGAACUUUUUUGGCCAAUGGAAAAAUCGACUUUAACGCACUUACAAUACAUAGAAUGCCAGAGUCUCUUGUUGUUUUCGUAUGCUCUGAAAUUGAUGGUGUAGUCUCUAUUUUAAAAGAACAGCUCGACUUUUGCUACAUGUCAGCUCGACUUACUACCGAAAACAUCGACUUUGUUUUCCCCCACAUACAUCGUAUACCCCCUGUUGAUCUUUCCCAAUUCGAUUUGCUUAGAGAACACAUUGCCAGCGUAACAAUAUCACCAGACGUAUACGAGUACCUUCGCGCACUUGUUUUAGCAUCAAGGUGCAACCCAAUCAUCACAUCCACCACCUCAACUAAUGCGUACACUAAUCUCGUUCUUGCAUCCAAACUACGUGCUGUUUUGGCAUCAUCCACAUUUGUAACACCUGAUCAUAUUCAAUCUGUUUUAUUUCGUGUGUUUCGACAUCGCAUGUUUUUAAAGCGAGGUCAUCAUAGCGGCGAGCGAAUAGUAAAUGAUGAGCUUUUGAGUGCAACAUUGAUGGAUCAAGUUCUUCCUCCAGUAUAAAUAAUUUGUAUAUAGUACGACAAAUUUAAUUUGGGUCAAUUUUAGAGUAAAAUGAACAUGCAAUACCAAUUGCAUGGCACACAUCACAUCACUGUAGUUCCUUUGGCAAACCAUUCUAC